AUUUGUGCUGAUGCAACUAGAUGGGAUUUAGUAACAUUUGCCAUUCACUUUUCAGGUGUUUCAGUUUUAUGUUGUAAGGCAAAAACUAGCUCAUCAGGAAUGUUUUCUCUUUGGCUCUGAGUUGGCAGGGCCAGCUUUACAGAUAAGGAGAAUGGUGGGCUAUCAGAAUCCACUAUUCUAGGGGCUCUGGGAUUUUUCCAGACCUACAAGUCCUUUCCCUUCUAGCUUUCCUCUGAAUUCCCUUUAAUAAAAGAUGCAGCAUACUGGGUAUAUUAGCAUCUUGGAAGUAUUGUUGAUGGAUUGAUAUUGUAUCUUAUGUAUUCAUUUACCAGAUUCAUGGUCAUGUUACUUAUUGAUUAUUGUAUUGCCAAAUCUUCAGUCCAAAGGACAAAAAGAGUUCCUGAGCAGGACAUUAUUUGCCACAGGAUCCUAGCUCACACCUUGUUAGACCACAUUCCUUUCCAAGUCCCUUGUUUGACUAGCCUCCUCCUCUUUGAUUACGUGAUUGUCAAUUCCAUCAAUGUUAAAACCUAUGCCAUGUCACAUAUUCAUUAGUUACCUCCCAUUCCACAUUCCUAAACUCUCCAAUAAAAGUUCGGGGACACGUGCAAGCCAGCCUCUCUUUUCUCUUGAGAAGCAUCACCAGAGCUUGCUACAUCCCUCAUGUUUUAACUCCUUGUCUCUGAGUCUUUAUUCCUAUGUCUCUCUCUUUCUCUCCUCUAUCCAUUUUCCUCAGUUUCCAGUCUCCUUCUCAGGUGAGGAGACUUUGAGAGGUUAAACUACUUGCCUUCUAUCACAUAGCUUAUAAGUACCGGCUCUAGGAUUUGAACCUCCACCUCUCAUCUGAUAAGGUAAACAUGAGAGGAAGAAAAGUGACAAAAGAUGAAGAAAAUCUUUAUGACUCAGAAGAUGAGAGGCAGCCCCUGCAAGAGCCCAAGUGGAGGCUAAUCCUGGUGGGGAAAACAGGAACUGGGAAAAGUGCAACAGGAAAUACCAUCCUUGAGGAGAAAAAGUUUAUGUCCAAACUUGGGGCAGUGCCAGUGACCAGUAUAUGCAGCAAAGCGAGCAGAAUCUGGGGUAGAGAAGAAAUUGAAAUCAUUGACACCCCUGAUAUCUUCAGCUUAGAAGUGUCUCCGGAAGGUCUACGUUCUCAAGAAAUCAUUCGAUGUUAUCUCCUCUCCUCCCCUGGGCCCCACGCACUGCUCCUUGUGACCCAGUUGGGCCGAUACACCAAGGAGGACCAGAAUUCCAUGAAGAGGAUGAAGGAGAUCUUUGGGAAUAAUGUCAUGAAGCACACCAUCAUUGUCUUUACCCGAAAGGAAGAUCUUGGCAGUGGUUCCCUGCAGGAUUACAUCCAGUUGACAGAUAACAAGGCCCUGAGAGAGCUGGUUGCACAAUGUGAGGGUAGGGUUUGUGCCUUCAACAAUCAGGCCACAGGGCAGGAGCAGAAAGAGCAAGUGAAGGAGCUAAUGGAUAUGGUAAAAAAGCUGAUACGGAAGAAUAGGGGCAUGCACUACACCAAUGAGGUGUACAGUUUAGAGGGGGAGCUCCAAUGGACCAGCCAGGAGGUCAGGUUCAGAAAAAUUGGGGAGAAACUGGCUGAGUACAUGGAGCAGAAUAAGAGACCCCAGGUUUUAAGGGAAAGAGUCUUCCUGAGACUCAGAGGUUUAUGUGAAUCAAGAAAAUCCCACCCCAAACUAUGGAGAUUCAGCAUUGCCAUCUUUAGCAUCUUCGUCCUGUGGCUGGUGAUUCCCAGAAAUUUUUAUAAAGGCUGGUUUGGGCAUGGCAAUUCUGAAUAAUUUCUGGUUUCUCUCAUCUUUAUUAGUCACCAUGGGAAACUGGCCAUGAACGAUGCCUUCUGAAUUUGAUAGUUCCACAGCUAUCUAUUUCUCUUCUGUGAAUCUCUUUAAACCCUAGGCUCUGAGGUCGAACUCGGGUCUCACCUUCUUCAGUAAACCUUUCUAGUCAAUGCCAGGUCUCAUGGUGAAGGGGAUGCCUUGGAAAGGGCAGGGAAUUUGUAGUGAGAUGAUCUGGGUUCAAAUUUUAGUCCUGCUCCUCAUUGUCUGUCUGAAUUUGGAAACAUCAUUUAAUUUCUAUGGGUCUCAUUUUCCUCAUCUACCAAAUAAAAGGAGGGGGCUAAAAUGAUUUUUAAGGCCCCUCCUAUCUCUAAAUCUAUGAAAUCCCUUCCCUGACUUUCUUUCGUACAUGGAAUCUGGUUGCUUGACAUUUUGUUUCCUACUGUCUGGUUCCAUAGCUUUUAUUGUUCAUGUUCCUCCAUUAGACUCUGAAAGUUCAAUCAUAGCUGCAUUUGCUCACAUUUGAAUAGCAUUUACAAGGUUUCCUCACAACUCUGUGCAUCAGGGAGUGGGAAUACAUUUUCUCUGUUUUUUAGAUGAGGAAAAUGAGACAGAGAAGUCAACUUAUCCACUGCAAAUGUUGGAUCUAGUGACAAUGAAUCCGUUCUCCUUUUCUAAGAAACUUUACCUCCCCCCCUUACCCCCCACAGGACUCUUGACAGGGCUAGGCAUAUGAGAGACACCCAGUAAAUGCUGACUGGAAUUAGUUGAAACUUGUCAUUUCUAUAAAGGAAUAUACUAUGUAAUCCAAAGUAAUUCCUCAUCCCUUGGUGGAUCUUUUUUAAAGAACACUGAUGAUUGUGAACACAAAUCUAUGGUCUUUCUAUUCAUCCAGAGUCAUUUAACACAUGUAGGUUCUUAAAUUCUGGGGAUUCUUAUCCCAACUGCCACUUUCUCUGGGUGGUAGGUAGGUCAGGGUAGAUAUAUCUUUUCCUUGGAGGAGAGAUUUUAACCCUGAGGGUUGGAGGAAGUGUUUCUCUCUUUGCUGUAAUCAUCUCAACUUCCCCAUUGUGGUGUGUACUCUUCAUUAUCAGUGGCCAAUUGUCGUUAUUAUAUCUCUUAUAGAUGUGCUUUAAUGCUUAGUGCCUCAGCAUCAUUUAAUCAAUCUAAAUCAAUUGUAUGAAGGGAUCUUUACAAAGAAGGGCAGAGGUUACAAAGCUUCUUCCCAGUGACUGGUGGCAUACUUUCCUCUAUAAUAGCUCCAUUCCUGAGGAGAGUGGGCUCAAUUUCAAAGCAGUUUCUGCCAAACAAUUCAUUUGUGAAUGUGGCAAAGCCAAUGGAUAAAUCAUGAUCAUUCCUCUUUGUGGUGUUGGAUCAACUGCUAUGCCCAUCAAAUCCAUGCUACUAAAGACUUGCUCCCCACCAAUCUCAGCUGUCUGCAAAACAUGACAAAGACUCCAGAUCCCAGAUCUUUGAUGACUCCUCCUAUCCCUUCUACGUUCACAAGGUUGCAAGUCCCUCUAAUACUGCUUAACCUAAGAGUAAGAAAAUGCUAAGUGGCAAAAGAAUAUGAGCCCCAUGAGACUAGGCAGGGGACAACUAGGAAGCUGGCAGAAAGAGACCACUACCCUGUUGCUAUACUUUCUCUCAGCAAUAGCAGGACCACACAUUCAGCUUCAUGGGGGCUGUGGACCACAGAUGAACUAAGAUUCCUCUCUUGCCUCAAGGAGGCUCAUAGUGGUUCAUUCUUGCUUAUCUUCAAGAAAAGGAAAAGGGCUGAGCUGCCUCCUUGGCAGUCUUUUGUACACAUUCUCAUAUCCACCUCAGUGGCAUAUCAAAAAUCAGUGUCUUCACCAUAUGGCUAAUGGACCAGAAACAGAAUUCCUGGACAUGCCCCAAAUCUGUGUGGGGAAUUAUCUCAUGCUGAGUAUCCUGGACAUGCUCACAAGAGCUGGAGUCAAUUCCUCCCCAUUACAAAAUCAUCAGUGGCCUUUCAUCUUCAGACAUGUGAAUUGAAAUCCAGCUCCUUCCAAGUGAUGUUGACCCACAAAUUCUUUCCAUUUGUAUCCAAUCUUCCUACUGAGGCUGUAUGUGUUAGAGAAAGUGCCCCAGGUUUAUGGACAAUAUUAUGUUUUGUUUCUUUUUUUUGUUCUAAGCAAUUUCAUUAAAUGCCUCUGAUUUGAACUUAUUAGAUCAUCUAGAUAUCUAUUAAAAGUAAACUUGUGUUUGUAGUAGGGGUCAUAAUCUAUAACUUUAGGGGUCCAGAUUCACCAACUAUAAGAAUGUGAACAUACCAUUUCCUGUGUGCUGAUAGGUGCUUUUAUGCUUUAAAUCAGCUUUUAUUGUUGUUAGCAUAUGGGCAUCCAAGGACAAACAAAUUGGAUGCUGAUUACAUGUUUUAGUAAAUUAUAUAUAGAUGUGUUUAUACACAUAUACACAUACUAUAUUUAUGUGUGUGUGUGAUAAGGAUCACAAACAACAUAGACAUGUAAAAAUGAGCAAGUCCAUUAGUAAAAUAGUAAAUAGGAACUGCCUAAUGCAGAAGAUAACUUUCUUUAGGGCAUGAAAAGUCAUGCACUUGAUUUAGAAAAAUUUUGAAUAGAAAAGUAGCAAAUUAAGGAAAGUCUCAGUACUUUUUUGGAGCUCAAUGAAAUGUUUUUAGGAUAAAUUUUAAUGAUUUCAGCACAUCACUUUGCUCAAUAAAAUUUUGUGUUUUCUGAUUGUUUUAAAAAAAACUUAAACACCAUUGGAAUCACUAUUUUGGAAUUCAAUAAAUAUAAUAAAUAAAUAAAAUAAAUUUAAAAAAUAAAAAUAAUUAAAA